UCAAAAAUGGUGUAAACAAACAAACAGAAUUCAAAUUUUAGGCACCGCAGAGCUGCUGUUUCGCUAGACAUUAUUGGAAAAAUGUCCGUUAAUGGGUACAUGCACCCACGAAACCGGUAUCGGGAAAAGCCCGAUCAUCAGGAACUGAUAAAACAAUUUCCAGAGUUGGCUCAAGUAUCCGUGGUGGAUCUGCAUGGGCGAGUCCGGUUGGACUACAAAAACCCGCAAACCUUACAGGCGCUCACCAAAUGUUUGCUGUUGAAAGAUUUUGGUUUAACACUGGAGCUGCCACCGGACAAGCUGGUACCGACUUUGCCACUUCGCAUGAACUACAUUCACUGGCUCGAGGACAUUGGGUCCGUUGCGGAGUGGAAAGAAAACGAUCCCGUACGUGGCAUUGACAUCGGCUGUGGCGCUUCCUGUAUCUACCCACUGCUGGCGGUCGUGCAAUCCGAGCGCCGUUGGAACAUGCUGGCCAUCGAGAAAACGGCAGACAGCUUAGUCAGUGCGAAGGCAAACGUUUGCCGGAAUAAUCUAGAGAACCACAUCCGCGUGCUGCCCCAAGUCAGCGACGGAUCAUCGAUUCUGGUGGACGUGUUAAAGACGGUGCCGGAUGACGAACGAUUCCAUUUCAGCAUGUGUAACCCACCGUUUUACGAUAGCACUUCCACCGUGGAACCACCAAAUCGCACGGGAAAGCGUAGGGAACCGCCGAACGCGAAAACGGGAUCAGGAGAAGAGCUGAGCACGCACGGCGGGGAGGUACAGUUUAUCGGUCAAAUGAUCCGCGACAGUCUUCAGCUGAAAGACCGCAUUUCGGUGUACACCACGAUGGUAGGUCACAAACGAAGCUACGAAGAAGUGCUUCGUCUUUUACGGAGGAGCUCCGUUCACAACACUACCGUGACUAGAUUCUGCCAGGGCAAUACCACCCGCUGGGCCGUGGCGUGGAGCUUCGAUGCCCGAGUGCUGCUAUCUCGUUUGACCACCACGCCAACCGAAGCUCAAAACAAGCAAAGCGCGGUUUCUCCACGUGUGCCAGGAAAACCGGUAUCGUGGAAAAUCUUCGACGGUCAUGAAAUGCCUUCCAUCGAUGCGGUGUACGAGUUUUUGUCGGGUGUGUUGCAAUCGAUUGCCAUCCAGCUCCGGACGCCCACGAAAGACGAGAAACUGGGAGAACUCAGGUGUGAGUUUACAGCGUACCGAAAUACUUGGUCCCACCAGAGACGCCAACGACGACAAGCACAGAGAAGCGGCGAAAUGGCAAAGAACCCAAACGAACAGGAAACUUCUGACCUCGACGAAGCCGUCGCGAAGAAACGUCUACGAGUAGAUGCAAGUGAAAGCAAUGAGCCCGAUUCUCAGCAAAACUGUGAGCCUUACCUGCGUGCAGCCGUACUUAUUCACUUGCGGGAUGACGACUACCAUCUAUCGCUUCAGUACAUUAACGGUAUCGGUGGCAAGGAUGGAGUGAAUCAAGUUUUACAGUUCAUUAAAAACUACCUCCAAAUGCGACGGUCCACGCCAACAAAGACUUGA